AGUGCUCUAAUCACGGCCGCGGCGGAGGCGGCGCCGGUCUCCGCAGGAGAGGACCGGGAGCGCGGCCCGGACCUGCCAGGAGCGGCGCAAAGUGAGAACGCGGUGCUGUGGUGAACGGGGAGGUGUGUGGAGCCCGAGCGUAGAGCCGAGCGUGGUGGAAUUAGUGAUCGGACGCGCUACUGGCUCAGCCUUCAGAUCGUGAGGAGCGUGAGGACGUUCUCACCCACCACACGGCUGCUGGUCGGACGUUAGCCGUCCCCGGGGGCCGUACCCUGAGGAACAGCACCACGCCGGAGGCGGGGACGCGCCGUUUUUCAGCUGUGCGCCGCCCGGCCGCCGCCGCGCCGACCGUUUACCACGGUGCACCGGUGCGACCCGGCCACUUUUUUGGCGGUCGGCGUGUCGUAAGGGCGGCCCAAACGGCUCAAUGACAGCGGAGCCGCCGCGGGAGACGAUUUACGGGAGCGCAGCCGGCGCACAGACGACGCGACCGUCCGUCUCUGGCCGCCCCGAGACCGCGCGCGCCCUUCACACUCUCCGAGGAGCGAUUGGAAGCUCGCAGAGGUGAUUGGAGAUAGUGCUGAGAGAGACCUGGGACCGCGAGAGGUGGCAGUUUUGUGGAGUGCAUAUCAGAAAGGAACGAAAAUAAAGGUGACGAUAUUUUUAGAGCGUGAUAUUUUUGGAUCCAGAGUGGUGCGUGGCUAAAAGUUUUCGUCUGGUGGCUGUAAAGCCGAAGUACGUCGUUCGCGAGUGAAGUAUCAGUGAGUGAUCAACUUUUCGUUUCGCGACUCUCGCCAAGCAUCGGUCGGCGCUGUACGCCAUUAGCGCUCGCCGCGGACCGCGGAGCUCGAUCGGGGCCGCGCCGUAGCGCGUGCGGCCGGUGUGAGAAUUGGCCGGCGCACCGCGCGACCGGCGCCGGCUGCCAUCCGAGCCGCCCCGGGACCGGCGCACGGUGCUCGGUGGACUGUGACGCGGCCACUGACCUGUGACGUUGCGCCGGGUCAGCCAGUGCGGGGUGUGUGAGGGGCGUUCUCUUGCAGAGAGUGCUGCAGCUGACCUACGGGAACUUUGGAAAGCGCCCUCGGUGAUAGAUCAGUGCCAGAGAAGUGACAAAGGUUCAGGAGAAACUACCUCGCGAUUGGUCAGCAUGUCUGCCAAGCUGCUGUCUCAGUCCCGCCCGGCCUCGUCUCUGACGCUGCCGGAGCACGGUGUGUAUGUGAACUCGCCUCUAUCUCUGAGCCGGCCGCCGCGGGUGCCUGAGGGGCUGACCCUCUCAGCUCUCGGUCAGCGCACACCGCGCCCUGACCGGCGCGCGCGCAGCCCCGGCCGCAGCCCGGGCCGGCCGCCGGGCCGGGUCAGCCUGAGCGCAAGCUGCGGCUCGGCGCCGCCGCGCGAGCGCCGCCACCGGAAGCUGUCUCUUCCGGUGAUCCCGCAGCAGCAGAGUCUGACGUUCCCGAUCGUGAGGAACGGUGUGGCGCGCGGCCUGCUGGGCAGGACGUGGGCCGGCGAACCGCCGCCGGUGGCUUACCUUCAGGGCGCCGCCCCGAGCAGCAUCAACUUCCACGGCAGCCAGUUUCUGACCAGCAGAGACGGCGGCGGCGUGAGGCGACCUCAUGGGGAGCAGCAGCAUCGCGGCACCGGCCGGCAGCUGCCCAAGAUCGGUCCAAACGGCUACAGCAGCCACUCAGCCAGCUCCUCUGGUCAGGAGAAGGUGGAAGAGAGUGGUCGCGGCAGGAGCCGGCCGCAGAGCGAGCACAUCGAGCUCGCGCUCUCCCCAGGUUUGGCCCACCAGAAGAUCGCGAGCAGCACGUACUCUCUGCCGGCUCAGAUCGACUGCAUUUCGGACAUCGAGGACGACGCAGCGCAGCAGCCCCCGAGAGACAAGGAUGACUCACGACUAGAGGUUCGGAAGGAGAAAAAGAGGAACAAGCUCACGCGGAGGAAGGCCUGCUACAGACAAAAGAAGGAUGGCCGGUCGCGCAGUCUGACGCAUAUCGACACGCUCGACCCGGCGAUGCUGGUGCACCAGGAGGACGGUGACCGACUCUCGGAGCCGGACACCCCCGGUCGGCUGCACGAGAGCGGCGGCAUGCGCAGGAAGAAGCUGGCCGCCCACAAUAAGGUGGUCAGUUCGGAGUGCUUCAGCGUCAGCUUCGACGUCAAUUCGUCGGAAGAGGUUCCUGAAGAGUUCGUCUCUGCCGUCAAAGGCACUGUCCUCAGGGAGGCGCUGAGCCAGGUGUGUGAGCAGCAUCGGAUCGACAUCGACUCGAUUAGCGUGUACCUGGAGAACGGGCGCACGCCGCUGCCGCUGCUCACCACAGAGACCUACUGGCUCGGCGGAAAACACCUGCGCAUCAAAGUUCGUGAUCACGACAGCAAGAGUCCGGUGAGGUCAAAGUCGUCCUCCAGCCACUCGUCAGCACCUACGCGCAAGUCCUCAGGGAGUUACCGCGGUAUGGUGACCAAGCUGAUGAACAGUGCCGAGGAGACCUCCUCAGGGGACGGACCCGCGCCCGGUUCCUCUGAGGGCUCCCUGAAGGUCAACAAGACCAGCAAACAGCAUACGCGCUGGAGUGGCAUCUUCAGUAACAGCUCAAUGAAGGAGCCGAGUGCUGCCCGCAUGGACCAGAUGAUCCAGUGUUUGGACAACUACAGCACACACGGCAUCCCGCGCUUGCCUUACCUGGUCAACUUUGACGGCGACGCCGCGGAGGAGGAGGAGCUGUAUAACCUGGAGAGCGACUGGCGGGAGCUGGUGGACGCGCCGGAGACCCUGUCGGAGAGGCGGCACCAGCAGCAGAAUGCCAUCUGGGAGUUGGUACACACGGAGGCCGCCUACCUGCACACGCUCAAAGUCAUCACAGACUUGUUCCUCUCGUGCCUGUGCAACCUGCAGCACUGCGGCAUCCUCACUGACGUCAGCACCGAGAAACUCUUCUCCAACAUCCAGGAGAUUUACGCGGCCAACCGCCACUUCUGGCACGAUCACGUGCUCCGGAUGCUGACCAAGGCGCGCAAGAGCCGCCAGCCGCUGGACAUCACCGAAAUGCGAGACGGCUUCGCUCAGUUUGAGGAGAUCUGCCACCCGUACACUCGCUACUGUCUGGAUCAGAACAACAGCAAACUGUACUGCAAGUCACUCUCACGCAGCAACGGACUCUUCAACGGAUACCUGGCGUGGUGUGAGACGCAGAAGGACUGUAACCGGCUGAGGCUGGUGGACAUCCUGGCCAAGCCCUGGCAGCGCCUCACCAAGUACUCUCUGCUGCUGAAGGCGAUCCUGAAGAAGACAGAGCCGCAGGAGGAGCAGGCCAUUCUGAGGCAGAUGAUCGAGGAUGUGGACGUGUUCGUGGGCAGCGUCGACGGAUCUCUGCGCAGUCGGCACGAGCAGGAGCGGCUCAGCGCCAUCAUAGGUCGCAUCGACAGCUACGACUGCGUGGACACCAAGGACGAUGAACUGGAGAAGGCGAUGAAGCCCCACCUCUCGCUGGACCUGACGUGUCCGAUGCCGGGCUGCAGCGACGUCCACCGGCGCUACCUGCUGCUGGAGGGCGAACUCAAACUGAGGGAUCACGUCUCUUCCAAGGUGGACGUCCGCUGCUUCCUCUUCACCGACAUGUUGUUGGUGUGCAAGCCGCUGACCAAGAAGGGGGACAAGGUGCGGGUGAUCCGACAGCCGUACGUGAUCGACCGGCUGGUGGUUCAGGAGGGCACCAAGGACGCCGCCCUGCUCUGCGUCUACCUGAACGAGUACCAGCUGGCCACGGCGGCCUUCACCCUCUAUUGCUCCGACAGCCGGCACUGCAAGAACUGGGUCGACUCAGUGAAGAAGGCCCAGGAGAAGUACCGCGAGGCGCGCCUGGCCACCAUCAACCAGGAGUACGUGUUCUAUGACGACGAUGACGAGCUGGAGCCGCCGACCACGGCGCUGAUGACGUCACGCAGCCCGCGCGGCAGCAGCCGCACCAGCCGCGUGCCCAGUCUCAUCCAUUCGCACAGCAGCUCGAUGGACAACAGCGACCCGAGCGGAGUGUCCACCCUGCAGACGAGUCCGGCGCGCGCGGCGGCUCUUGCGGCCGCCGGGGCCGACGAGCGACUGAACCUGCCGGAGAGGUCGGCGUCGGAGGACCACCCGCCGGCCCGCCUGCGUGGCUCGCUCAGUCCCAGGACGGAGAGGAGGCCGAUGCUGCGCUCGGUCGGCUCCACCCCCAACCAGCUCUCGGUGCUGACUCACCUGACGCCGGCGGGCCAGUCGCUGCCCAACCUGUCGGCGGCCGAGGCGGCGCAGCAGCUCUCAGUGCCCGCCCCGGCACAGCGGGGCCUGCAGUCGGCGCAGCGCGGCGUCACCUACCCGCCGCUGUCGCCGCGCACUCUGCGCCGCAGUACGGCCGUCCAGCCGCCGCCCCGCAACCCGCCGCUGGCCCGCGCGCGGCACGUCACCACCGACGGCGGCAGCUGCCCGUCGCCGCCGCCGCCGGCCGCCGCGCCGCCCCCGCCGCCGCCCCCGCCGGCGCCCGCCUCCGAAACAGGCUGUCCGUCGGGCGACUCUGACGAGCCGGAGCCGGCCGACGCCGAGAGUCGGAGCCGCCGUCACUCGAGGGACCGGCUGGAGAACCGACGGUACCACACGGCCGGUGCCAUCGAGGACAUGAAGAAGCAGGAGAGCCGUGAUGCCAGCAUCCAGAAGCGGCUGUCGUGGAACUGCGGCCAGCAGCCGGCGCCGCCGCCCCAGAUGGCCCGACAGACACAGGCGCUGCGCGGCCGCGGGGGACACGGCGGCACGGGCUGUCUCAGCUCUGACAGCGUGCACAGUAGCAGUGGCGUAAGCAGCGUCAACAGCCUCCACCUGAGCAUCGGCUCAGAGUUCGAGGAGGGCCUGUUCAGCGAUAACCUGGACGAGGUGCUCGCAGCAGAGACGGACCCGGCGCAGACGCUGGUGGAGGCGACAAACCUGGCGCAGCGUCUGAAGCUGAGCCCGCACAUCUCCACCACAUACAUCUCGACGGACGAGCUGAGCUGCGCGGGCGUCUCGUGCGUCUCAUCCAGCGUACAAAACACUGAUAGCGGAGUGAAAAUCGACAUAUCGGAGGCGCCCGACGGCGUACUGUCCCGUGUACAAAUCACCGUCAACGACGGCUCGCCGGCCGGCCAGACGGCGCUGGAGACGGCCGACGACGGAGACGACGACGGGGCCGACGAGCAGCCGUCGCCGGCGGCGAGCCCGGCCGCCACGCCGCCGCAGUGGAACCAGUUCGAAUUUCUGCUCAGCGACAGCACUAUACGCGCCUCGGAUGUAUGAGAUACGGAGCACCUAAUUUAGCUAGUGUUGAGUGACGCCGGCCGGCCGGCCGGUCCCGGUCCGGCGCCGGCCGGCGGCGCCCACCCCGACUCCAAAGUUUCGCUGUGAUACGCCGCCGCGCGCGCCGCGCGACAGUCGGCGGCUGGCGGGGCGCGUCCCGGCGGGCUGCGGGCGGCCCCGGCCGACCCCCGGCCGGCGCGGCGGGGAGACCACGCCGGCCCACGGCCGACGCCGCCCGCGCGCCGCCUACCUCAGCCGCCGCCCCGCCCCCCGCCCCCGCACACGCCCACAUUCCAGUCGACUGUACCUGGCGUGAAGUGUGUGACGCGCGUCCUAUGUCCCUGGUGCGCCGAUAUCGAUGGCGGACGCAGGACGGAUACCAUUGUAUAUGAUUUGCUUAGUGGGACGGGCGCGUUGCCCGCAUCGAAUCUGGGAGACAGAUCACCAAUGUAUUACUCUGCGAAUAAUAAAUAUUAGUUCUAA